GACUUCUGGCUCGGCGCAUGCUCCGUGAGCGGAGGAGGCGGGGCUGCCGGUGUCAGUGGGCCCAAGUGUCCGGGCCUGAGGCGUCUUCCCAGCCCGUCCCUGUCGCGGCGCCUCGAACGGCAGGUCAUUCAUCAAGAAUUUUGUAUCCAAGGCCCCGAAGUUUGUUACCCAAGAUGAUGAACGCAGACGUGGAUGCAGUUGAUGCUGAAAAUCAGGUGGAACUGGAGGAAAAAACACGACUUAUUAAUCAAGUGUUAGAACUCCAACACACACUUGAAGACCUCUCGGCAAGAGUUGAUGCAGUUAAGGAAGAAAAUCUGAAGCUAAAAUCAGAAAACCAAGUUCUUGGGCAAUACAUAGAAAACCUCAUGUCAGCUUCUAGUGUUUUUCAAACAACUGACACAAAAAGCAAAAGAAAAUAAGGGGUCGAUAUCCUGUUUUAUGGAAUUGCUGGUUUUUUUUAACUUGGGUAGACUCCAAAAGUUACAGUACUUUUGUUUGUGGCUUUAUUGAAUAUUUAUGAAGAUAAUGGCACAUCUAGGCAAAAUUAAGAGCACUAAGAGCAUAACAGGAGACUUCUCUGAGUUUGUGUAUUACGUUCCAACCCAGUGCCGUCGUAUGAAAACGUGCAAAUGUAGAGACUUUAUAAUUAGAAUUGCAUAUAUUUAUGAAAACUUGAAAAUGAAUGUUUUAUCAAAUUUACUUUGAUUUUUAGGUUUAGCAGAGUCUUUUAUUAUAGGUGUGGUAAAAGAUGAUACAAGAAGGUAGCUACUAUGUUGUGAAAGUGACCAAAAUCAUGUACUGAAUAUGCACAGCUAUGUAUGUACCCUGUCCACCGUCUUGUGCCUCUUUUCCAUUUGCCUCCUCCUCCCCAUUUCCCUUACCCUGAGGAAGAAAAAAGCUGGUUCCACAUUUGUAAAAGUAAUUUUAAUAAUUAAUCAUUCAUGGGAGUAACCUGAACUCAUUGUUGAAACUUAAUCAAAAUAACUUUGUCAGCUAGGGCCUGUCAUUUGUUAUAUUUAGUAAUAAGACUGUUGGUUUUUAAUAAAUUGAAAACAGACACUAUAAAAAUGAAGAUUGUUCUCUGAAACUAGGAAUUUUCAAAUUGGGAAGAUUUGUUGUUUGAUACUUCCAUCUGCACAAAAUGACCAACUUGGUAUCUGAAAAAAAAUGGGAUCUGGUUGCUUAAUAUAAAAAAUCUUGGGAAAAAUAGAAAUAGGGUGGGAAAAAUACCUGGUAAGCAGUAGUAACCAACUCCAAAUGUUUUCGUUCCAAAUUUGUGUUGUCAUCGCCACAGAUUAGGUCUCUUGGGUUGACAUAUAUGAAAGUGGAUUAAGUCUGACUAUCUUAAUCUAGGAAGCCCUGGUGGUGUGGUGGUUAAGAGCUACAGCUGCUGACCCGAAGGUCAGCAGUUCCAAUCCACCACACACGCCCUGGAAACCCUAUGGGGCAGUUCUGCUCUGUCCUAUGGGGUCGUUAUGAGUUGGAAUCCACUUGAUGGCAAUGAUUUUUUUUUAGCUUAACGUAAACCACAUCUGGAAGACAGCAGUUACAAAGAAUUUGGUCUCUUAAGGUUCAUUUAUAGCACCCAUUUCAUUUUUUGCAGAAACACUUGUUUAUUAGUAUCAGAAUCAUGAAGAAAAUGGGAGUUUUUCAUUUGUACUAACUGAUAAUCUUCCUCAGUAUUUUAUCUCACCACUUCUACCAGAAUUUUCUGUAAAUCAACUAUUUCUAUAGAGUUUUAGGCAUCCUUUUACUAAACUUUUUUACAAUUCGGUUGUGGGUUCCAUUCAAAAGUAAUGUUAAUUCUAAUAGGAAGAGAGAUCCACUAAUACAGUUGAUGGUUGUUAGAUUUGGGUUACUUUUAAUCAUGGAAUAAUCUUACGAUUGUAUUGGUGUAAGUAUGAUCUGUUAAGUGACUUUAGCUGUAUGAAUACAUACUAGUCAUACUGCAAACAUUCUGCAUCCCUCUUGUGACCUAAUUUACAAACAUGUAAAAAUUGUGAUGCAGUUCUGCUUUGCUGUUUAAUAAAAAGCUGUUUCAGA